UAAGCAAUUUGAAAUAAUUUUCAUUUGAUUCUUAUACUGUAAUAAUUACGUUAUUUCUCCCACACCGUUUUUCCUUUUUCGAAAUUUUUUUAAUUCACUUUGGUUGACGUGCACGAUUUUACACUAUGGGUAUUCCGGCCGGUAAUGCCGAAAAUGGAAAAAAGAUUUUUGUGCAAAAAUGUGCUCAAUGUCAUCCGGUUGAGAAGGGCGCACGACACAAAGUUGGGCCAAAUCUGUUUGGUGUAGUUGGACGAAAGAGUGGUUCUUUAAGCGAUUAUAAAUAUUCAGAUGCAAAUAAAAAAAAAGGAGUGACUUGGACUGAUGACGUCCUCUUUGAAUAUUUGGAAAAUCCAAAAAAAUUCAUACCAGGAACAAAAAUGGUAUUUGCCGGACUUAAAAAAGCAGAGGAACGCUCAGAUAUAAUUGCGUAUUUAAAGAGUGCCAAGUAAAACUCUAUUCUUUUCAUUAAACUUAUAACAACAUAUACUAAUGUAAUGAAAUCUGAAUAAAUUAAAUGUUUAAUAUUACAACGAUAACCAAU